CCGUCCCCAAAUUCGAUAACCUGUAUCACCAACACCAAAGUUCCACCGCCCCCCUUCUCGGCUCAGCCCACCCUAGUCCCGGACUCAAGGCGCGCCUCUUUAGGUUUACUGAUUCCAAGUUUGAUUUGAGCAGAAAACUGAUGCUUCAACAUGUUUUAUUUUGUCAACUGAUAAAACUCAAAAUUGUAACUUGUGCCAAAAUCAUUGAGAAGAGGGUUUAUUCUAUUUGAUCAAGGACAUGGACCUCAAGCCAUUCAAGCUGGACAUAGAUGAGCUCAUACAUGAAUUCACUCAAUGUGAAUCGAGUGCUUUUGCUGAAUUCAAAAGAGUUUGGCUUUCAAGGAGGUUUUCCUACAUAUUCGAGGCUGCCCCUUCCACUAAUCAAGGUCUCUUUAUGCAGUCACUCUAUGCACAUUCCAUUAGCUACAUGGUUUCACCGGAUUCUUUCUUCAACAGAUUAGGUGGCCUAUUUUGCUUGUACUGCCUAUUUGAGACACAAAUUUUCAAGCCUCCUUAUAAAAUUUAUUUGUCUUUGGGAGAGUUGAAACAGCUCAAGAAUCUUGUAAUUGAAGCAAAGGCUGCUGGUGUGAAUGUAGUUACUGCUCUAGUGAAGGGUAUGCUGGAGAGGAACAUGUUUCUUUUCGGAUUUGUAGGUGUAGAUGAAGGCUCUCCAGCAGAAAGAGUGAAUGAAGUAACAGGUCAACAUAAUGCCCGUAUUCAAGCAGCAUAUAAGAUGUUAUUUUCUAACUCCCGGCUUGAGCACUUCAUCCACAUGGACUUGGGCACAGAGCUUGACGUUGAUCUGUUCAAGAAAAGAUCGUCCGAGUAUGCAGCCGCUAAGGAGCUUGCCAUCAAAGAGGCUAGCCAGGUGGUUGAUGUGGAAAACAUAAAGCACAUUGCAGAAAACCAGAGAUUGAUAGGUGAUGUGGUUGAGCAGACCGCUGCUGAUUGGAAUUCCCAAAAGGAGACAUUGUAUCGACAAACAGGGUUCAGUCCUCCCCAGCAGGAGGAGGGAGGAAACAACAAGAAACGGAAAGAAGCUUGCGACAGCCUUGCAACGCAGGAGGAUGAUGAGGACUCGGAAGACCCUGAUGAUUUCUGCAGAGAAUUGGAAGAAAGUUUGCUUUGUUAGCCAUUGGAAUAGGACGAUUAAGGAAUUUGCAAUGAGGAAUAUACACCAGUUUAAUUUCUUUA